CUUUAAUGUAGUUGCAGGGGAAAAUACUGCGUACACGAAAAGCCCGCCCGCUCGUCAUUGAGCUCGUCUGGCAUCGUGACCGGCUGUGUGUGUGUGAGGCUGCAGUCAGCCAAUCGCAGGAAGUCAACACAUUGCAUGAACAAGGGUCGCGUUGGGUCAGUACUCGAGCCACCGCCGAGGGUAAAGGGAGUAUAGAGGAACGGUUCUGUUGUUUUGCAUUUCUGGAGAUCGGAAGUGAGAGCAGAGAUGGCUGACAAGCGGAAGUACAGGAUGUAUCCUGACAUUAAGGAGGAGGAUCUCUUUAAUGAGGUGCAUGAAAUUGUCAUCCAGAAAGUUGGUCAUGUCCAGAUUGUUAAGGGCAACUUCAAAGACAUGACCAAAAAUGCCAGGAUCUUCGUGUGUCACUGUAUUCAACUGAUGAACCCACGAUGUGUGUACAUCUGUGAUGGGUCAGAGGAGGAGGCUCAUGAGAUCACCAACAAGCUGUUGGAGCGUGGUGUUCUAACCAAGCUCAAGUAUCCUAACAGCUACCUGUGCCGCACAGACCCUAGUGAUGUGGCACGAGUUGAGUCUAAGACCUAUAUUGUUACUGCUGACAAGUAUGAGGCUGUGCCACACACCAAACCUGGAGUGGAGCCCAUUUUAGGACAUUGGAUGAGCCCUGACGAUAUGCAGAAAGAACUAGAUGAGCGUUUUCGUGGUUGCAUGGCAGGUCGCACUAUGUUUGUCAUACCCUUCAGCAUGGGGCCUGUUGGGUCACCAUUAUCAAAAGUUGGAAUACAAGUAACAGAUUCCAACUACGUGCUGCUGUGCAUGCGCAUCAUGACCCGCGUCACACCCAAAGUUUGGGAUGUAUUGAAAAGUCAGGAAGAAGAUGACUUUGUGAAGUGCAUUCACUCUGUAGGACUUCCUCGACCUGUGCAGCGUCCUGUAAAGAACCACUGGCCUUGCAAUCCAGAAAAAGUCAUGAUUGUGCACUUCCCAGAUGAGCGCAAGAUCAAAUCUUUUGGUAGUGGCUAUGGUGGGAACUCUCUUCUUGGAAAGAAGUGCUUUGCCCUGCGUAUUGCCAGUGUCAUUGCUCGGGAUGAGGGCUGGAUGGCAGAGCAUAUGUUGAUUUCAGGCAUCACUCCACCAGAUGGAGAGGAAAUGUUCAUUGCUGCUGCCUUCCCCAGUGCCUGUGGAAAGACAAAUUUGGCCAUGAUAACACCUGGACUCCCUGGAUUCAAGGUCCAGUGCGUAGGUGAUGACAUUGCAUGGAUGAGGUUCAACAAGAAAGGUGAGCUUCGGGGAAUAAACCCAGAAGCAGGAUUUUUUGGUGUGGCCCCAGGAACCAACUGGAAGACUAACCCAAAUGCUAUGAAGAGCUUCCAGGCCAAUUCCAUUUUCACUAAUGUGGCAAUGACAGCAGAUGGUGGCUACUACUGGGAGGGUCUGGAGGAUGAGUAUCCUCCUGGAACAGCUAUAACAACAUGGCUGGGGACUCCAUCAGCUGUGGGAUGGUCAGAUACUCAAGCCGCUCAUCCAAAUUCUCGCUUCACAUGCCCUGCUAGCCAGUGCCCGAUCAUACAUCCAAAGUGGGAGGAUCCAGAAGGGGUGCCAAUCAGCGCCAUCAUCUUCGGUGGGCGCAGACCCAAAGGUGUUCCGUUGGUGUAUGAAGCCUUCAACUGGGAGCAUGGUGUCAUGAUUGGUGCUUGUGUCAAGUCAGAGGCCACAGCUGCAGCAGAGUUUAAGGGCAAGACAAUUAUGCAUGACCCCAUGGCUAUGCGGCCAUUCAUGGGCUACAACUUCGGUCAAUACCUGCAGCACUGGCUGGACAUUGGCAAGGUGCCUGGCAGAAAGCUUCCCAAGAUUUUCCAUGUCAACUGGUUCCGCACCAAUGAUCAAGGCAAGUUCCUGUGGCCAGGAUUUGGGGAGAACAUUCGCGUCCUUGACUGGAUCCUGCGUCGUUGCAAAGGAGAUGACUCUAUUGCUGUGAAAUCUCCCAUUGGCUACAUUCCUAAACCAGGUACCAUCAACAUGAAAGGACUGAGCAACAUAGACGAGAAGGAGCUGUUCUCACUGCCCAAGUCCUACUGGAUGGAUGACACGCGGGAGAGUCGCAGGUUCUUGGAGGACCAGGUGGGCUGCGAUACCCCCCCAAUCAUUUUCAAGCUGCUUGACGAGCAGGAGGCUGCUUUCGCCGCCUGGCCUGAUGAUUAAAGCGGUUGGCAGUGCAAACUUGCUGACCAGACAGACCGUUCAGUGUUUCUUUUUGAGGCUGCGAGUCAAGUAGUUCUUGGACACUUCUGCGUCUUGAUGCUCAGAAUAGCUCUUCAGUAGUUUUCAGACACUUGUGUUUAUUCUCCUCUUUAUUUUGUCAUGUAUGAAGAUUCUGUUAUAUAUCAUCUGUAAGCACUAUCUGCCAGUUUGUCUAAACUGAUUUUUCCUUCAUCAGCAAACGACUGCUGAAUCCAGAUAUUUUAGUAUACUUUUGUAUAAAGUUGGUUGUUAUUGUUAUUGUAUUAUUAUUAGUAGUAGUAUUGGGUUUUUUAAUACAUUUUCUUUGUAGGAACUGAUGUGGAGUUAUCUGUGUAAUUUUUGUUAAUUUUUGGUGUGUAUGCACACUUAAGUAGACAACUACAAUAACAGUAUAGUCAGGUUAGAAAAAUUUAAAAAAACUGUUGAAAAGAUAGGUCAAAAUUAAAAAUUCACAAAAGUUAGAAGCUAGAGCUGGAUGCAUCAAAGAAACUUGAGCACAAACUUGAUAAUCUAGUGUUGCCCAAAGUCAGUGUUCUCCACUUUGACCAGCAGUUUGAAACGAAACAGCAACACUUAAACAGAGUUCAAUGAACAAAAUAGUCUGUCUCCCACCAUGCUGUAUAAGAUUUUUAUCCAGGUUUUCAGGCCUGAGCUUUGAAAGGAGCUUACUGUAGCAAGCAAGUGAUAUUUUUUUCCAGUGAUGUUCUUUCAUGAACUUGGAAUUGGCUAAAAUGUUCAAGUAAUUGUAUGCUUGAUUUAAAGUGAAUUCAGUGUCAUGUGCAUUCAGUGUUUUUUGGUUUAGGUUUUAAUUAAAGAGAGUCUGAUUAGUACUUUGUAAAUAUGGCAUUGUAUGUCCAGACAAAGUGGAUCUUCAGAAAAAAAUUCUAAUGCCAGUUUUUCUUAUUCAUUAUUUCUGUAAAUCAGGUUUGUUUUGAAAUAAUAGUUAUAUUAUUGUUAUGAGUAUUGAUUUUAUAAUUGUAUGAACUAAGCUUUUUACCUGAUCUUGUUCUUAAUAAGAUUGUGGUGACUUAAGGCAGUAGUUGUGUUGGUACAUUUGUUAUCCGGCUAUUUUCACUAAUUGCUUUCCGCAGGAAUUGCAGUGUCUGAGCUGACUUGUCACCACCCUAUAGCUUCCAUGUGAUUAGGGUGUCAAGUGCAGUUUUGUUUUGACUUUCCUUGGCAAGUCCUGGGGUAGAGUUUAGGGGAUGGAAGUGGGCUUGGGUUUAGGUUAAGACAAUCUAUUGUUUGGCCCCUCCUGCAUACUACCAGCUGAGGGAGCAUUUACUACUUCCAGCAAUAGUUGGGUUAUCCAGUGUCCCUUGUGUUCCUUAGUAAACAAAACUAGCCUGCAUGUUUCUCAAGUGGAUCUUGUCCCUUCAGCCCCCACGUCUCACCUGAAGACUAGUGUGAACGCACAUAGUGUUGGAAGCACUUUUUAUUUCUUUGUGGGACCGAAAAGAUUUGUGGAAAUGCUCAAGUUAUGCUCAGAUACUAUUCAGUUGAGAGCUAUGCUCACAAUGUUUCUUUAAAACAACCCCUAAUGCUUUUGUUCAUGUCACAGCAAAAUGGUAUGUUUUAAUAAGAUUCAACAAUGUUCACAUGCAGUUGAAUGUCAUGUAAACGAAUGGUAUUCACAUGACAGGCUAAACAGGCCUUGUCAGGGUAGAGGGAUGGAUACCGUUUGCCACUAUAGUCGGAUUGGAUUCUAAAUAUUGAUGUGAUGUCAUAUUAGGAACAUCCUUGCCAUUAUGUGUGAUGUAGUUCAUAUAUAUUGCUAUACCUAAUAAAGAGACAAUGUUUGUGAUGCU